GCGCGCGAGACAGCAGGGCGCUAGGAGCGAGCGGCGGCUGGCGAAGCACUCCAGGCCCGGGCCCUACUUCACCUCGGCUCGGGGCUCGCGCCUCGUCUGCUGCAGACCAGCCUGAACGCCUGGCCACGGCCCGAUCCUCCCGAGCCCACCCCGGCCUAGCCCAGCCGAGCCCGUGCGUCCGCCUGCCGCAGCCUCUGCCGCAGCCGCCACUCCAUCCCCAACCCGGGCCCCGCAUCUAGGCCGCCAGGAUGGACGUGUUCAUGAAGGGCCUUUCCAUGGCCAAGGAGGGCGUCGUGGCCGCCGCGGAGAAAACCAAGCAGGGGGUCACCGAGGCCGCGGAGAAGACCAAGGAGGGUGUCCUCUACGUCGGAAGCAAAACCCGAGAGGGGGUGGUACAAGGAGUGGCCUCAGUGGCUGAGAAAACCAAGGAGCAGGCAUCACACCUGGGAGGAGCCGUGUUCUCUGGGGCUGGGAACAUUGCAGCAGCCACAGGCCUGGUGAAGAAGGAGGAGUUCCCUACUGAUCUGAAGCCAGAGGAAGUGGCCCAGGAAGCUGCUGAGGAGCCGCUGAUUGAGCCCCUGAUGGAGCCUGAAGGGGAGAGUUAUGAGGAACAGCCCCAGGUGAGGGAUGGGGCUUUGGGCAUCCCCAGCUGGGGUGGGAGGUUCUGGCAGGAUAAGUUUGGGCCAUUGAGUUUUCAGGCUCCCAGACCCCAGACCCCAGAGAUGGCAGCAGGGAGGGAGGACAGAUGGAGCCUGUCGCUGGGUCUCAGGCACUCCUGCCCAGGAACAUCCCAGCCAUCCCCAAAUUCUAGGUCUCUCCCCUGCCCAGAGGGAGGGGCGUUCAGCAUUCCUCUUGGUGGGCGAAGGGUCUCGGGUCGCGGCCUGGCCACUUGGUCUCCAACCCCUUCCUCUUUUGCUCUUCUCCACUCUACCCCCAUCCCUCUGAUGCAGGAGGAGUAUCAGGAGUAUGAGCCAGAGGCGUAAGGGCCCAGGACGGCCCCCCACCAGCAGCACAAUCCCUUCCCGGUACCCUGCCCCGCCCCCCAGAGCCAGGGCUGUCCUUCUACCCCUUCCCCUCAAAACACGAGAUCUUCCUUCGCUCCGAGGCCCCCCCUCGGAGCCCGUGUUUGAGUCUAUCUGUCUGUCCUUCCCGCCCGCGUCCAACCCUGGGGCGUGGACAGGGCUGGGGCUGCGGCCAAGGCUGGGAGCCUCGCAGCACGUAUGUUGCCCCUUCCGCGCCCCAUCCCGUCUGGUGUCUGCGCGGUUGUAGCGUGUUCUAUGUGUUUUUAAACGAACAGGAAAGCGACGGCUCCCUUCCACCCCCCGAUAGAGGCUCUCUGAAGGGCCUCCGGGCACCCCCGCCAAAGUCCUCCAGAGCACUCCCACAUCGACCCCAAGAACCUUUUUUUUUCUUUUAAACCAAAACCAGGAGCCAGGCUGUGCCAUGACCCCUCCCCCAGCCGACCCGGUCCGAGCGCGGGCGUCGUGUGUCGUGAUUGUAGCAUGGAGGUCCCCAACCCUCGUGUGAGCGUGUUCCGGGAGGGCGGGUCCGGCCGCCCCCCUCCCCGCGUGUCCAUGAAUAAAGCCAAUCUGUCUGUAGCAGGCGCCGCACGGGCAGGGCAGGGCAGGGCUGGGCUGGGCGCUGGAUGGGAGCGGCCUACAGACUUCCAGGUUACAGCCUGCCUCACUCCACUCUUUGGGGCCCGGCACACUCUGCCCAGGUGUAAGACUGACCACCUCGGGCCUCAGCUCCUACCCUCCCCCAUGAACGACCUGGA